AUGUUUGAAAUAAUUGCUCUGAUUCUCGCCAUGGCCGUCGCCGUUUUCGGAUACGGUCAUGAACAUCAUGACUACCAUUCGCAUCCCAGCUACAAGUUCGAGUAUGGAGUGAAGGAUCCCCACACCGGUGAUCACAAGAGCCAGUGGGAACAUCGGGAUGGAGAUGUCGUCAAGGGAGCCUACACUCUGCAUGAGGCCGACGGAACUGAGCGAGUGGUCGAGUACUCGUCCGACAAGCACAACGGCUUCCAGGCUCAUGUGAAGCGAGUGGGUCAUGCUCAUCACCCGGAAGUGUACGGACACCAUGAGGGUGGACACUCGUACGGUGGACACGGUCAUGGACAUGCCAGCAGCUAUGCUAAGCUUAACCAACAUCAUUGA